GGUUUUCUCAGAAAAACAAUGUAAAGGUUCACAUGAGGACACACACCGGGGAGAAGCCGUAUGUGUGCGACUGGCCUGGCUGUGAGUGGAGGUUCGCUAUUAAAGGCAAUUUGGAUGAGCACAAGAGAGUACACGCGGGAGAGAAGUUCUUCAUAUGCGACUGGCCCGGCUGCACCCGUAGCUACACUCAGAACUCGCAUCUCCGUCGCCACAAACUGGUCCACACGGAGGAGAAGCCGUUUGCGUGCGAUUGGCCCAAUUGUAACUACCGGUCGGUGCGCUCGUGCGAUGUGGCCAACCAUCGGGUCACUCAUACCGGAGAGAAGCGCUUCGUGUGUGAAGUGGUCGGCUGUGAGAAGGCGUUCACUCGCGGCCAUCAUUUGCGCCGACAUAUGCUUACGAAUCACUCGAUCGAGACGUACGAAGAGAAUGCCGAAGCGGACGAAGAGGUGAUC